GGCCGUUGCGAAAAGUUCCAUUUUGGGCGAGGAGGCAUGGCCAGCUUGCCGCGGGCCACGCGCUCCUUGGACCUUCUCCAGGCGCGCCUCAUGCUGCUCUGCCUCGCCGUGCUAAGCGCCGGCCUCGUCUUCUGGGCUCUUGGCGACGACAUGGAGGCCAUUGACGCGUCCGUGGAGCUCCACGCGGACCGCGUCCAUGCGCUCUGGACCGACGAGACGUACCAGUGUCUCGGGUGGCGGGCCACCGCCAACUGCAAUCCGCAUGGCUGGCGCAAGCCGUCCAGAGACCGGGGCUGCAGCGAUGCCAUCGAGGCCGGCAUGAGCGGGUACUGCGAGAUCCGCAACCGGACGAGCGGCGAGAUCUUCCACGUGAUGCUCACGGCGUGCGACAGCAUCAAGGGCAAGAGCUUUACGUGCAUGGAAGCGCGUGACUUUAGCGACUACAGCAUCCGCGCAGCGUCCGCGCCCGCGGUGUCGCUCUCGACGCCGGUGCUGCGUACGUUUGCCAAUGUCACCAACGGCAUCGUCAUGUCCAUCUACCCCAGCGUGCUCCCCAACGUAUAUGCGAUCGUGCGCAUGCUGAGGUUCUACAACUGCCAGCUGCCCAUGGAGCUGUGGUACGAGCCGCACCAGAUGCCCGGCGUGGCGACCAACCCGAUCUUGGUGGCUCUCGAAGCCAAUUAUGGCCCGCUCGUGCUCCGGCCCAUCCACGACAAGCGCGCGACGGGCUACAUGACCAAGCCCUUUGCUGUCGCGCACAGCCAGUUUGAGAACGUCCUCUUCCUCGACUCGGACAAUUUGCCGACGCGGGAUCCGACCUUUCUCUUUACGUCGCCGCAGUUUCUCGCGAGCGGCGCGAUCUUCUGGCCCGACUACUGGCACGACAUGUCAUCGCCCUUUAACGUCCAUGCGCGGUCGCUGCUCUGGGAGCUCGUCGACAUGCCAUUCGUCGACAUGCUCGAGCAAGAGUCGGGGCAGCUCGUCAUUGCCCGGCACCGGUGCGCAACCGCGCUGGCCAAGGUGCUGCAUUACGCGCUGGAGACGCCGCCGCUGCUGCAGAAGUACGGCCUCGUCUGGGGCGACAAGGACUUGUUUCGGCUCGCGUGGCUCAACACGUCGACGCCAUUUGCGUUCGUGCCGCACCCGCCUGCGCUCGGCGGCUUCACGAAAGACGAGUACGUCGACGCGGUCGCGCCGGUCCCGAGCGUCUUGUACUGGCACGCCGUGUCCUUUUGCGGCAUCGCGAUGCUGCAACACGACUUUGACGGGCGCAUCCUCUUUGUGCACCGCAACAGCGUCAAGCUCACGGGCGAGGCGGACCAGACGCCGCUCGUGACGCACGCGCAGACGUCGACGUUGUCGAUGCACUCGAGCCCGCUCCUCGGCCACGGCAAGGCGUACUUUAUCCAACUCUUUGGGCAUACGCUGGGACAGAAGGCGUGCUACUUGCUCACGAGCGCCGGCAAGAUCGAGGCUGUCGACGCCAUCGACGACUCGAUGGCCAAGGUGGAGAAGAUGGCGAUUCACUACGCGAUCGAGGCCGGCGACAUGCUCCGGGCUGUCGCUCGGCGGCGCAAGGAGCUCGGCAGCGGCCACUGGCUGCUGCCCUUCGACGCACUCGACGCUCGCCACUCGGACGAGGAUGCGAUUCCCGUCAUGUACUGGGUAACCGUUCACAUGCUCGUCGGCGGGUUGGCUGGCUGGACAUGGCGACGCCGCCAGCGCUUGGGCACAAAAGGACCGACAAAAGACAGAGCCAUGCCGCCCCCGUACCAGAUUCUGUAGCUGGGGAGGGUUAUAACCUGUACAUACAUAUGACAUUAAUUUGCAAAUUCGGGG